CCUUUGUUUCUCUCUGGAUUCACCCUUUGUUUCUUUUCUUCAAAGUCUUCCUUGCUUCACUCACUCAUUCCCAAUUUCUUUCACAUAAACACCACCGAGCUUCCAUUCCUUCAUCAAUGGCGGAUUCCACCGCCACCCCUUACACAACCACUAAACCUCAUUCCCCAUUCACCUCAAGGAUCCACCAUCCAAAGCCUUCUACCACCAUCACCAGAAAAGGUAAGUCUUGCUCUGGUUUCAUCCUCAAAUGUAUCUUCUUGUCACUGUUUCUCGUUGCUCUCCCCCUCUUCCCUUCACAAGCCCCUGACUUUGUGAGCCAAACGAUACUCACAAAGUUUUGGGAGCUUCUCCACCUUCUCUUUGUUGGAAUUGCUGUUGCUUAUGGCUUGUUCAGUAGAAGACACAAUGUAGAUUUAGAAUUUGAGCCGUCACAAAUUGAUACAACUCACUCUGUUAGUAAUAGUUUUGAUAGUGUACCUAGUUCUUAUUAUGUGCCUAAGAUGUUCCCUGAUUCAGAAAUUUCUGGUGGUGAUGAGACUGAAAAUCUUGAUCCAUGUGUUGUUGGGUAUGAUGAUGACAAGAGACUUGUCAUGAAUUCUUGGGAUGCUAAUCAGUAUUUUGAAAAUGGUGGUGCUGUUGGUGUUUUAGAUGAACAGUACAAUAAGCCCCAAUUGCAGGAUUCUAGUGCUGAUGGUGGUUUUGGUUAUUCUGUUGGAUAUGAUGGGAACAAUGUGGUUCAAUCUUGGAAUUCUGAGUACUAUCAUAGCGGGUCGGUGGUCAUGGUUGCUCAACCAUACAAAAGCAUAGGUGAGUUUGGUGGUCAGGUUGAUGGUUAUAGGCCUCUUGGGCUACCGGUUCGAAGUUUGAGAUCGGUUCCUAAAGAGGUUGAUGGUAAUGGUACUAGAUAUGCCAAUGAAAGUGAUUGUAGUAGGGUUUCAUCAAAGGGUUCGGAUAAGGGUAGAGAUAGGGAGUUUGGGGAUCUGGGAGCUUCCAAUUUGGAUAAUAGAUUCAAUGCUGGUAGUGGUGGAGCCUCUGCUUCUCCAAUCCCUUGGAAUUUGAGGCCUAGAAAGGUGGAAAGGGAAAAGAGGCAUGGCAAUGUAAGCCAUCCUUCGCAUUUUAGGCCUCUUUCGGUUGAUGAAACUAAGUUUGAAGCGUUUGGUUCGAGGUCCUUACAGUCUUCAAUGUCGUUUUCUUCCCUUCCCGGUAUGUAUUCUUCCUUUGAUUCAAUUCCACCGGACAAUAUGAACUUUCAGGAGGAAGAAAUGAACAAAAGAGAGACUUCUUUAUAUGUGCCUGCUUCAGAGAAAAUGAAUUUUCAAGAGGAAGAUACAAUGCCAAAGACUUCUUAUGUGCCGCCUGCUGUAGAAAAUAUGAGUUUCCCAGAGGAAGAUAAGAGACAAAGGAAGACUUCGUUUGUGCCAGCCUCUCAAAUUGCAAAUUUCCAUGAAGAGGAUACAGGGCAAAGGAAGAAAUACUAUGUGCCUGCUUCUGAAAAUUCGAAUUUCAAAGAGGUAAAUUCGGGAAAGAAGAUCUCCCAAGCAUCUUCUUCGAGAAACAGAAGGGUGAAAACUAAAGGAAAAUAUGCUGCCGUUUCUUAUCCUUUGAAUUUCAGGCCAAUUCCAGUUGACGAAACUCCGAAUGAAUCACAUGGUUCACAGCCUUUCCAGUCCAUGGAACCAUUCACUUCCCACACAAGUAUGCAUUCUUCCUUGGGUUUGAGUUCAUCAGAUAACAUGAACGUCCAACGGGAAGAUAUGGAACAACAGAAAACGUCUCCUGUUCAUGUAUCAGAGAAUAUGAAUUUCAAAGAGGAAGAAAUGGCGCAAAUGAAGAUUCCAUAUGUGCAUGACUCUGAAGAUGUGAAUUUCCAAGAGGAAGAUAUGGAACAGCAAAAGAAUUCUUGUGUGUCUGCUUCGGAAAAUACAAAUUUCCAAGAGGCAGAAUCAGGAAAGGUAAACGAGGGAUCGUCUUCAAGAACUGCGAGGAUGGGAGCUAAAGGAAAACGUCCAGCUGUUUCUCAUUUAAUGCCAACAUCUGAAACACAAUUUGAAUCACUCAGUUCGAGGUCUUUCCAGUCUACCGGAUCUUUCUCAUCUAGAGCUUCCUUAGAUUCUGUUUCUUCCGAAAACAUGAACUUGCAGAGGGAAGAUUUAGCAGAAAAGAGAAGUCCUCAUGGUUCUUAUUCAAAUUCAUCAUCACCUCAAGCUAGAAGUGACGGUGAAACUUCACUGCGACCAUCUCAUGCUCAUGCUCGUGGGUAUAGUAUUGGUUCUUUGCUAGAAGAUGACAUGAAGAGUGAUAUGAAUGAUGACUUGGGGAAUCUAAUGGGGAAUCCAGGCGAUCGGCCGGAGAACAAAAAAUUAGGGAUGCAUGCUUUGCGGUUAGACUCGGGAGAGCCUACAAGCCUUGCAAAAUCUUCAUCGAGGGGAAAAUCGGUUAGAACUAGAAGAGCAGGUGGAUUGACUUCAUGGGCAAUGAGAGUGGGAGAAACACCUAGCAAGCAAACUGAUGAAAAGGUCGAAAAGAAGCCGAGUAUUGUUGAGUCAGUACCAAUGAGAAAAGAUAAAGUGAAAGUUGAUGAAGUUGAUCUUUCAUUGAAAGAAAUCAGUAAGAAAAGUCUAGAGUCUUAUCCUCCUAAGCCAGAGUUUGUAUUUUCUAGUCAUCUUAAGAGAGAUAAACCGGAACCAUCCAAGAAAGUGUCCAAUGAAGAUUUGGAUAUUGAUCUUGAUCUUGAGGAUAUUCAGAUGAGCUCAGAUGAUGAAAGGAUGUCUGAAUGCAUCAACGAUUCGGGACUGGAUUCUGAAGUGGACAAGAAAGCAAGCGAAUUUAUAGCUAAGUUCAAAGAGCAGAUUAGACUUCAGAAAUCAGGGUCAGUUGAAAGAUCAAAAGGACAAAAGAUCAUGGGAAACUAUAUCAGGUGAUUUGUAAAACUAUUGUACUCCAAUUGUUUCAUUGAGCUUUUUUCAUUUUGGAUUUUUCUUUUCUUGAUUUUGUGUAAUCAACGAAGUUCCAAUUCUGUUAUUUUGUGGAAGCAGGUAUUCCACUUAAUUUAUUCACAUACAACUAAUAUAUUUCUUUCUUAUUUU